AAAAAAAAAAAAAAAUGGAAUGGAUACAUCCAAUGCCCAAAAUCGAGCUGCAUGCUCACCUCAAUGGCUCCAUCAGAGAUUCUACUCUUCUAGAGCUUGCUAGGGUUCUUGGUGAGAAAGGGAUUUUAGUAUUCUCUGAUGUUGAAGAUGUCAUUCAGAAAAAUGAUCGGUCUUUGGCUGAGGUAUUUAAGUUGUUUGAUUUGAUCCAUAUGAUCACAACUGAUCACCAAACAGUGACAAGAAUCACUAGAGAAGUUAUAGAAGACUUUGCUUUAGAGAAUGUGGUUUAUCUCGAGUUAAGAACAACUCCAAAGAGGAAUGAUUCGAUAGGUAUGAGUAAACGUUCUUACAUGGAAGCAGUAAUCAAAGGUCUGAGAGCUGUCACUGAAGUCGAUGUUGAGUUUUGUAACUCUCAAAAACUACAUAACUCGUGUGAUGGAGUUGGAAGAAAGAAGAUUUAUGUUAGACUUCUUCUUAGUAUUGACCGUAGAGAAACAACAGAGUCUGCAAUGGAGACUGUUAAGCUCGCUUUGGAGAUGAGAAAUGUCGGCGUUGUUGGUAUUGAUCUCUCUGGGAACCCUCUUGUUGGAGAAUGGAGCACUUUCUUGCCUGCGUUACAAUUCGCUAAAGACAAUGAUCUUUACAUCACUCUUCACUGUGGAGAGGUUCAUAAUCCGAAAGAGAUCCAAGCAAUGCUUGAUUUCAAACCGCAUAGAGUUGGUCAUGCAUGUUUCUUCAAAGGUCAAGACUGGGAGAAGUUGAAAUCUUUUCAGAUUCCGGUUGAGAUAUGUCUAUCAUCCAACAUUAUAACCAAAUCAAUAUCUUCAAUAGAUAUACACCACUUUGAUGAUCUCUACAAGGCAAAGCAUCCGUUGAUUAUAUGCACUGAUGAUUUUGGAGUGUUCUCCACUAGCCUCUCCAACGAGUACUCUCUCGCCGUUAGUUCCUUUGGUCUAGGUAAAAGAGAAACAUUUUCAUUGGCUAAAUCCGCCAUAGACGCAACGUUUGCAGAAGAUGAAGUUAAGCAACAACUUAGGUUGAUUUUUGAUUCAGCCUCGCCAGAGUAUGUUUAGUGUUCUGCUUUUACUGGUUUACCUGGUUUGAUUGGUUCAUGCCAGAUGGGGAAAAUGAGUUCUGUUUCAUUGGAAUUUAUAAUAUUCUGGUGUUUCCGUUGUUACUAAUAUU